GCUUUAGUAACGUUCCGGACGUCGUGAGCGGAACAUCUGCGCCGCUCAUCAGCAGGAAAGCGAAGUCACGUUGUUUGCGAUGAUAAUAAUAAUAACGAUUUAAAGGUUUCGAUUGUUUUACCGUUUCUUGUGAAAUUUCGCGAACGGUCAUCGAAUGGUUCGACGGUAGAUGACGAUGGACUUUCAAAGCGCCAUGGAGACGUUUGCCGAAGCGUGGGUCGCCGCCAGUAUCAAGGGGGCACCCUUGUCGGAAGUCGGUGGUACCCAGAGCCAAGCUCUUGCACUGACGAGAAAUAAUAAGACGCCACCACCUUCGGCGGGAAGGACAAGCAGAGACUCGGCAGAAAGAACUUCUACUCCUCAACCGACUUCCACUCCAUUAGAAAAUACCAUAUCUCCGCAUUCGAUCAAGGAAGAAUCGUCAAUAGGCAAAUCGAUUCCCGUGCACUGCAUAGUAGAAGCCAUAUCAACAUUAGAAGAAAAUCGUUACCAGCAUGGGGUGUGGCGUCGAAGACCGAUGGUCGAGACCGACACUUACGUCAUCAUCCCCACGGGUACCCCAUUUCAAAACUUAGUCCAGGCAGCGCUUUACCGUUUGGGGUAUUCUUCGGAAAGCGCUGCCGCUGCCAAAGGGUCUGUUAUUAUAAAAAAUUGGAAAGCGUUGACGUUCGAACAAAUAUCCGACGACCCUUUGGUGACCGUCGGGGAUAUACUGGGCGAGUUGACGACCAUUGCCACACUCAGGAUUCAAGUGUUUCGGGGGAGGCCCGGAUCGUGGGCUGACAUCAAAGACAAGUUGCUGAGAUAUUUGUUGUUGCAGUCCCACAGCGUUCUCAUUUCCUCCGGAUGCCCGUUGGACGAGAUAGUGCUGGCGCAGAUAUGUCGCAGCAAUUCGACAUCUACGGGCGUGUGCCCGGAAUUAUCGGAAGACACGAGACGCAAAUUCGACAUGUGGUGGGCUACGCAAUUCAAUUCCCAAUCGUCAGCGAGCCGAUCCCAAUUCAUCCCGUCUUAUACCAACCAGUACUCGGUACCGCCCCAACCGACUCCGCCACUCGAACGUCCCUUAACGGAAACCACCCAUCCGGCGAUGCAAAACGUGCACAGCCAAUUUCCGACUCAAAAAACCCGCAUGAGAACCAGCUUCGAUCCGGAACUAGAGCUACCGAAACUGCAACGGUGGUUCACGGAGAACCAGCAUCCGAGUCGACAACAAAUCCAGCAAUACGUCAAAGAAUUGAACGGCCUUGAGUCGCGACGCGGACGUAAACCUUUAGACAUCAACAACGUCGUCUAUUGGUUCAAGAACGCGAGGGCCGCACAAAAAAGGGCCGAAGUUAGAAACGUCACGCCGAAUUUGCACCUUUCCGUCAACGGUUACAACAACCACAGCCCGACCAACGGCGGUUUUCUAAUGGCGGAAAACUAUUUAAACUCGGACCGAUUGAAAAACAACGUGCAGAGGCGUGCGCCGCAAAAUUCACACACGUCCGACGAAUUUUCCAAUCCCGGUUCCGACAUGGAAGACGAAGAUUUGAACGAAGUGGUGCAUUCGCCGAGUCCGUCGGUGCCAUUGUCGUUGACGACGCCGCGGAAGUCGAAUUCGCGCGAACCCAGUCCCAAGAACGAAAUCUCGUAUUCGCCGGCCCGAGACAUUCAAACUGAAAAAUGCAAAGAAGAACAACAACAACAAAGAGCGAACUACACGGACAAAGCAUUAUCGAACGAAGAGGACGACCGCGAAACCGAAGACGAGUCUAAGAGUCGCAACGAAUCGAAUGUUUCGCCUAGCAGGUCGAUUACGCAACGUUUCUGUAACUCUCCCGAUAUAAACGCCAGACAGUUGAUACCGCGCAACCACGAAGGUCUGGAUAGGUUAACUUCGGGGUUUCCUCUCGUGCCAAACACGAUGUUCAGCCAUAAUAUCAUGUACAUGAGCCAGUACAUACCGGGUCUGUCUCAUUCGGCACCGUCGAGCGCUCUGAGCAUGUCGAGCUUGACCGUCGACGAAAGACGUAAAAGAAAUCGAACGUUUAUCGAUCCCGUGACGGAGGUGCCAAGGCUCGAGCAAUGGUUCGCUAUCAACACUCACCCGUCGCAUAAUUUAAUCAUAAAGUACACGGAAGAACUAAACUGUAUGGCGUACCGUCAGAAAUUCCCGCGGCUCGAGCCGAAAAACGUGCAAUUUUGGUUCAAAAACCGCCGCGCCAAAUGCAAACGGUUAAAAAUGUCCCUGUACGACGUACAUUCGGGCCAGUUCCACCACGAGCGUGAGUAAAAACAAAAAGAAACAUUGCCAAAGCUUUAAGACAAUAAAUGCGACCGAAAGUAUCGGCCGAUGAUAACUCUUGCCACGUCUUUGAAAAUGCGGUCAUGAAAAAAAAAAUAAACUGCACAAUAGAUAUCUACGCGUACACGGUUAAGGAGAAUAUCAAAAUUUCGAUUAACUCGAUUCUUACGACACGGGUGUUGGCUUCUUUUAAUUAUUAUAUCGUUAGGCAAUAGAAAUUAAAUUCAAUGUAAUCCACAGAAUCGACGCGAUUAAGUAGUAAUUGUGUUUACGUUCCCCAUAAGUCGAACUUCGCAGAACCCAUUUUUUUAAACGUUCCACUAGGUACUGCCCCUUAUUUUAGUGGUGUAUAUAAAAUUAAAGUACUAAACCUCAUUAUGCCAGUUUACAUUGAUAGUACACGUUGACUUUUUAUUGUACCAAAGAUUGUUAAAAAUUUAAUUGUAAAUUAAAACAUGUUAAAGAAAACAGUAUAUUCAAUAUACUUUAAAAAAUGUAUCCUUUAUUUAAAAACUAUACUCUAGGUGUUAUUCGUGUGAAUAAAGUGAUGUGUGAUAAGCCAUAUAUAUUAUAUUAAAACAUACCUUUUGUUAUAUUUUUGUUUUUUAAUUUGAUUUUUAAACGCAUUAAUAAAAAUA